CACGCAAGAUGGCGGCGCCGGCGGAGGUUAAGGUGUGUGCGGACCCUGCGGAGACUGCCGAGGCCGCGGAGCUGAGCCGCGUGCUGGGCCGCCUGCUGCCGGGGCUGGAUGCCGACAGCAAGCUGGGGCGGCGGCGUGCGUUAGAGGCCCUGGAGCGCGCGCUGGAGGACACGGCCCGGGCCGGCGCCGACCCUGCCGCCUUCCAGGGCCCUUGGGCCCGCCUGCUCCUGCCGCGUCUGUUGCGUCUCCUGAGCGACCCGGCCGAGGGCUGCCGCGCGCUCUCCGCGCACCUGCUGGGCCUGGGCCUGCGCCGCUGUGCGCGACCCCGCGACGCUCUGCCGCGCCUCCUGCCCGCGCUGGCCGCCCGCCUGGCCCGGCCCGAGCCUGCGCGGCUGCCGUCCGAGCCGUGCGAGGAGCUGCGCCUGGCGCUCGUGCAGCUGCUCCGGCUGGCCGUGGACCUGGGCGGCCGUGGACUAGCGCCGCUCCUGGACGACGCGGUUCGCGCGCUGCGGGGCGCGCUGCUGGACCCGUUUGCCGCGGUGCGGCGGGAGAGCUGCGAGUGCGCAGCCGCCCUGGCGCGCGCCACGCCGGAGCACUUCCACAUGCAGUCAGAGUCCCUCAUCGGCCCUCUGAUGCAGACCAUCUCCCAUCAGCACUGGAAGGUUCGGGUGGCUGUCAUCGAAGCCACAGGCACGGUGAUCCAGUUUGGUAAUGGGAAGUCUGUGGAUGACGUCCUUUCCCACUUUGCUCAACGACUGUUCGACGAUGUCCCUCAGGUCCGACAGGCAGUGACCUCAGUGGUAGGCAGCUGGCUGCUGAAUCUGCGUGAUCGCUACUCCUUCUUCCACAAACUCAUUCCUCUGCUGCUCAGCAGCUUCAGUGAUGACAUGCCUGAGGUCCGGCAAGCGGCCACCAGCCUCUGGAAGAAGGUUGGGCUUCAGUGGCAGGAGGAGAAUGAGACAGAUCUGAAGGACAAGCUGGACUUUCCCUCGCCACUCCCUCCCCAUUAUCCCCGGCAAGAGAUCCGUCCCGUGCUGGGCUGCCGGGAGCUGGUCUUCAGGAACCUGUCCAAGGUGCUUCCUGCCAUCUGUCACGACAUCACUGACUGGGUCGUGGGGACCCGGGUGAAGGCUGCACAACUCCUACCAGUGCUGCUGCUGCAUGCCGAAGACCACAUCACACAGCACCUGGAGAUUGUCCUGAGAACUCUACACCAGGCAUGCACCGAUGAGGAGAAAGCUGUUGUCAGCAGUUGCGUGCGAUCUGCAGAGCUCAUCGGCACAUUUGUCAGCCCAGAAGUGUAUCUGAAGCUGAUCUUAGCAAUGCUGAAGAAGGCACCCUCCGCCUCAGGCCUCUUGAUCCUUGCCUCAGCCAUUCAAGGCUGCUCUCGAGACGCCCUCCAGCCACACUUCAAGGUCAUCGCCUCUGAGCUAGCUCAGGAGCACAUUUGCCAGGGGUCUGAAAAUGACCUGUACUUGGAGUACCUGCUCCUGUGUGUGCAGGCUUUGGUGUCUGUGUGUCAAGAGGACUGCUCUGCAGCCAUUCUGCAGCUCAUGGAGGUGCUGGUGACCAUCAUGGCUGUUUCAAGUGCGCCCAAUCUUGUAGACAAGGCUCAGGAGACAAUGGAUGCACUGGCCAAAGUGGAGGACACUCCCAGCAGUCACGACCUUUACCGAAAGCAUGUGGGUGCUCUACUGGAGCGGGUGACCGCCUCUCACAGCAACUGGACCACACACUCUCUGCAGCUGCUGCAGUUCCUUGUUGUCCUCACCCGAGCAGGACCAGCCGUGGGAGAAGCACUACAGCAUGUGGUGCCUACCCUCAGGACCUGCCUCCAGCCCACAACAGACCCCCAUAUGCGCCUGAAGGUCUUCUCUGUCUUGUCCACCAUACUGCUGAGGCCAAAGGACACUGUUGACUCCCAAGGGCAGUUCCAUGGCUACUUGGAGAUGGUGGUGAAGGACAUCCUGGCCCCCAACCUGCAGUGGCAUGCAGGGAGGACUGCUGCUGCCAUCCGGACAGCCGCUGUGUCCUGCCUGUGGGCACUCACCAGCAGUGACAUCCUGUCAGCCAAACAGGUGCAGGAGGCACAGGAAACCCUGAUGCCCCAAGUGCUGGCCACGCUGGAGGAGGACUCACAUAUGACCCGACUGAUGUCCUGCCGCAUUGUCAACAUGUUUCUAAAGACCUCUGGCAAUAGGAUGGAACCAGAUAAAUUCCUCAAGGUUUAUCCUGAGCUCUUAAAGCGGCUGGAUGACUUCUCCAAUGACGUAAGGGUGGCCGCUGCCUCUGCUUUACUCACAUGGCUGAAGUGUGUGGAGAAUACUGACGGGAGAUCCUCCUACCAGAGCAGUGUUCAAUUCCUGUACCGAGAGCUUCUGGUCCACCUGGAUGAUCCCGAACACACCAUCCAGGAUGCUAUCCUUGAGGUCCUCAAGGAGGGUAGCAUCCUGUUCCCAGAAGUCCUGGUGCGUGAGACCGAAGCCGUUGUCCACAAACACCGCUCAGCAGCCUACUGUGAGCAGCUCCUGCAGCAUGUGCACGCCAUGGCAGCCGCACGGUGACCACAGGCAGCAGACAUGACCGCCUUGACCUCCCCAACCAUGUGGCAUCCAGGGUCUGAUGUCAGCAGCCCCGGCAGUGUGGCAUCUCUGAGACUCCUGCCUGCCACCUGUCACUCAACAGUGCCUUCAAGCCAGCAGCUUCUACAUGAUGAUCCUGAGCACGUUGAUUUCAUUUUUAUCCUAUACCACACACACAGGCCUGCGAAAGUCUAUAGCCAAGUUGAAAUAAAGCCCAACGUCCCUUACCCAUAGUGGCUGCCCAAUCAGCUGCUUAGGAUAAUUUUUAAAGCCUCCCUCAUGUGCCCCACUGGGUCCUGUCUGCUUCUGUGCCCCUCAAGAAUGAGGAGAUCACUUAACCAGAAACCCAAAAUGAUUAUAAAAAAGAAACCUCAUUUUCCUUUGGGUUCUGUCCCAACUGAAAAAGAAUUCCACAUCUUGACUAUUGCUGAUGAAAUGUUUCCUUUUUUAAGUCCACUGGAAUCUGUGGUGUGGGAGCUCUCACAGUGUCUGACUGGAAUGUGUGGUGUGGGAGCUCUCACAGUGUCUGACUGGAAUGUGUGGUGUGGGGGCUCUCACAGUGUCUGACUGGAAUGUGUGGUGUGGGAGCUCUCACAGUGUCUGACUGGAAUGUGUGGUGUGGGAGCUCUCACAGUGUCUGACUGGAAUGUGUGGUGUGGGAGCUCUCACAGUGUCUGACUGGAAUGUGUGGUGUGGGGGCUCUCACAGUGUCUGACUGGAAUGUGUGGUGUGGGAGCUCUCACAGUGUCUGACUGGAAUGUGUGGUGUGGGAGCUCUCACAGUGUCUGACUGGAAUGUGUGGUGUGGGAGCUCUCACAGUGUCUGACUGGAAUGUGUGGUGUGGGGGCUCUCACAGUGUCUGACUGGAAUGUGUGGUGUGGGAGCUCUCACAGUGUCUGACUGGAAUGUGUGGUGUGGGAGCUCUCACAGUGUCUGACUGGAAUGUGUGGUGUGGGAGCUCUCACAGUGUCUGACUGGAAUCUGUGGUGUGGGGGCUCUCACAGUGUCUGACUGGAAUGUGUGGUGUGGGGGCUCUCACAGUGUCUGACUGGAAUGUGUGGUGUGGGGGCUCUCACAGUGUCUGACUGGAAUGUGUGGUGUGGGAGCUCUCACAGUGUCUGACUGGAAUCUGUGGUGUGGGAGCUCUCACAGUGUCUGACUGGUGCCAGUAGGCCGAGGACAGGCACGCUGUGGGGCCUCCUGGCUGCUUGCGCUGCAGCAGUGCCUGAGAUUGUUUUCAUUCUCCAGCCUUUUCUACACCCAAGUGCCUAACGAACUUUAAGUGGUAUUAUCAUAAGCUAAUAUUUAUGUUAACACAAGGGGGGGAUCCAUAUAUUUUCCAACAAAUCCUAACAUUUUUGCUUUUCUGUUUGCAAAAUUAAAUUAUUUAUUAGAGCUA